CCGCAGCCGGGCUGCGCUCCGCGCCCGGCCUCUGCAGCGCCUCGACCCGCGGGUGGGCAGGGCCGAGGGGCCAUGGGGGGCUCCUGAGAGAGCGGGGAGCGGAACGCCCGGCCCCGCGCCGCCACCAUGGAGCCGCCGCCGCCGCCCGGCGCCCCCAGCGCCGCCGAGCCCGCCGGCUGCCCCAAGGACACCGACCGCCAGCUGCGCCUCCGCCUCUGCGUCCUCAACGAGAUCCUCAGCACCGAGCGCGACUACGUGGGGACCCUCCGCUUCCUGCAGUCGGCAUUUCUUCACCGGAUCCGCCAGAAUGCUGUGGACAAAGCUGAGAAGUACAUAACAGAGGAGAAUGUUAAGAUCUUAUUUUCUAACAUUGAAGACAUUCUUGGUGUUCACAAGGAGUUCCUGGCUGCCCUGGAAUUUUGUUUACAACCAGAACCUCAGUCUCAGCAUGAACUGGGAAAUGUUUUCUUAAAAUUUAAAGACAAAUUCUUUGUGUACGAGGAGUACUGCAGCAACCACGAGAAAGCACUCAGACUGCUGAUGGAGUUGAACAAGAUCCCAACAGUGAGAACAUUCCUCCUGGGUUGUAUGCUUUUGGGAGGCAGAAAGACGACAGACAUUCCACUGGAGGGUUAUCUGCUGACUCCAAUUCAGAGGAUUUGCAAAUAUCCACUUCUGCUUAAGGAAUUAGCUAAGAGGACUCCCUCUAAGCAUCCUGAUCACCCAGCUGUCCAGAAUGCUCUGCAGGCAAUGAAGACAGUCUGCACAAAUAUCAACGAGACCAAGAGACAGAUGGAGAAACUGGAAGCCCUUGAACAGUUGCAGUCCCACAUUGAAGGAUGGGAGGGAUCAAAUCUGACAGAUAUCUGCACACAGCUCUUGCUGCAAGGGACUUUGUUAAAAAUCUCAGCAGGAAACAUCCAGGAGAGAAUGUUCUUUCUAUUUGAUAAUCUGCUGGUCUAUUGCAAGAGGAAAUCCAGAGUUACUGGGAAAAAAACAUCUAAAAGGACAAAGUCGAUCAACGGGUCCCUUUAUAUCUUCAGGGGCCGAAUAAACACAGAAGUCAUGGAGGUAGAGAAUGUGGAAGAUGGAACAGCAGAUUAUCACAGCAACGGCUACACGGUGACAAACGGCUGGAAGAUACACAACACAGCCAAAAACAAGUGGUUUGUCUGCAUGGCCAAGACUGCAGAGGACAAACAGAAAUGGCUGGAUGCCAUAAUCAAGGAAAGGGAGCAGAGAGAGAGUUUGAAACUGGGAAUGGAGAGGGAUGCAUAUGUCAUGAUUGCAGAGAAGGGAGAGAAGCUUUACCAAAUGAUGAUGAGCAAGAAAGUGAACCUUAUCAAAGACAGGAGGAGAAAAUUAAGUACUGUUCCCAAGUGCUUUCUUGGCAACGAGUUCGUGUCCUGGCUCACGGAGAUUGGAGAGAUAAGCAAACCAGAGGAAGGGGUCAACCUGGGGCAGGCACUGCUGGAAAAUGGAAUCAUUCAUCAUGUUUCAGACAAGCACCAGUUUAAGAACGAGCAGGUGAUGUACAGGUUUCGCUACGAUGACGGAACGUACAAGCCAAGGAGUGAACUGGAAGACAUCGUGUCCAAGGGGGUGAGGCUCUACUGCCGCCUGCACUGCCUCUACACUCCAGUGGUGAAAGACCGUGACUACCACCUAAAGACCUACAAAUCAGUAAUCCCUGCAAGUAAACUGGUGGACUGGCUUAUUGCACAGGGAGACUGUCAGACUCGGGAGGAAGCUGUGGCUCUGGGUGUGGGACUCUGCAAUAACGGCUUCAUGCAUCAUGUCCUGGAGAAAAGUGAAUUUAAGGAUGAAUCCUUGUAUUUCCGCUUUUAUGCCGAUGAGGAGAUGGAGGGAACCAGUUCCAAGGGCAAACAGUUACGUAAUGACUUCAAGCUCGUGGAAAACAUCCUGGGAAAGAAUCUUCUGAUUUUACCAGAAGAGGAUGACUAUGGGUUUGACGUGGAAGAGAAGAACAAAGCGGUUGUGGUGAAGUCGGUUCGACGAGGCUCCUCCGCGGAGAUGGCUGGCCUGCAGGCAGGCAGGAAAAUCUAUUCCAUCAAUGAGGAUUUAGUGUUCCUGCGCCCGUUUUCAGAAGUGGAAACCAUCCUAACCCAGUCCUUCUGCUCACGAAGGCCACUCAGGCUUCUGGUAGCCACCAAGUCAAAAGAGAUUAUUAAAAUCCCAGAUUGUCCUGAAGCCCUUUGCUUUCAGAUCCGGGGAGCAGCACCACCAUAUGUUCAUGCAGUAGGAAGAGGCUCUGAGGCUGCAGCUGCAGGCCUUCAUCCCGGGCAGUGUAUAUUGAAAGUUAAUGGGAAUAAUGCAACACAUGGCAGUUAUACGGAAGUUCUGGAGCACUUCACAGCCUACAGGACCAGACAACAGGAAGCACUGGGGUUGUACCAGUGGGUGUACAGAACACAUGAAGAUGCUGAAGAGGACAGAGUUCAGCAAGCAGCAGCCCCUGCAUAUGUGAAUGGCAGCCACCCUGGCUCCACCAAAGACCACCCUGCACUAGAAGGAGAUGCAGAAUUGGAUCCUCUUCAAAACAGCCCACAGGAAUCAGCCCAGACACCACAGACCAUCAGCUCUCCACUGGUCACUGGGGAAGAGACCCCUCUCAUCAGCCUGACUGUGGAUAACACCCACCUGGAGCACGGGGUGGUGUACGAGUAUGUCAGCAGUGCAGGAAUCAAAUCCUUUGUCCUGGAGAAAAUUGUGGAACCGAAAGGUUGCUUCAAUCUCACUGCAAAGAUUUUAGAGGCCUUUGCUGCAGAGGACAAUCACUUCAUAAAGAAUUGCAAGAGACUCAUAUCCCUAAGCAGUGCUGUGGCCACCAUGCCCCAGUAUGAAUUCCGGCAGAUCUGUGACACUAAGCUGGAAAGCAUUAGCAGGAGGAUCACGAACUACCAAGAGUUUGCAGGUGAAUUGAAGACAAAGGUGAGCCCAGCCUUCAAACAAGCCAUCAUGGAAGCACAUUCCCUGAGCAGCAUGGAUUUCUGCCCCACCAACUGCCACAUUAACCUCAUGGAGGUGUCCUACCCCAAGAACACUACCUCAGCAGGGAGGUCGUUCAGCAUUCGCAUCGGACGCAAACCUUCUAUCAUUGGCCUGGAUCCAGAACAAGCAGGCACUUUAAAUCCAGUCUCAUAUACUCAACAUUGCAUCACCACUAUGGCUGCACCGUCCUGGAGAUGUCUGACCCCAGAAGAUGGAGAUCCUGAUGGUAGCUUCGGCCAGCAGAAUGGAGGAACAACUCAGGAAGAAAGAGGACUCAGUUUUCUGCUGAAACGGGAAGACUGGGAGAUGCAGGACUCAUACUUGCACCUUUUUAACAAACUUGACAUCGCAGUGAAGGAAAUGAAGCAGUAUGUCAUUCAGAUAAAUAAACUUUUGUCCACCAUAACAGAACCUACAGAGGGUGGUGCCUGUGAGCCACCAUCUGCUGAGGAGACAUCUCCACCUUCCCUGGGAACAGAGGAGAGUGAUCCUGACAAAGCUGAGCAUGGUGGAAUCAAGAAGGUCUGUUUCAAAGUUUCUGAGGAGGACCAGGAAGACUCUGGACAUGACACAAUGAGUUACAGAGACUCCUACAGUGAAUGUAACAGUAACCGGGACUCGGUGCUGUCCUACACCAGCGUGAGGAGCAACAGCUCUUACCUGGGCAGUGAUGAGAUGGGCUCAGGAGAUGAACUUCCCAAUGAUAUGAGGAUUCCUUUAGACAAGCAAGACAAACUUCAUGGCUGUCUGGAACACCUUUUUAACCAGGUUGAUGCAAUCAAUGCACUUCUAAAAGGACCAGGAAUAACUAAAGCCUUUGAAGAAACCAAGCACUUUCCAAUGGACCACAGUUUGCAAGAAUUUAAGCAGAAGGAAGAAACCACAGUUAGGUGCCGGAACAACAUUCAAGCCAGCAUUCAGGAAGAUCCAUGGAACCUUCCAGUGCGCAUCAGGAACCUUGUGGAAAUCAUACAGAAACAUGUGGAAGAUGGGAAGAAUCAGCUGCUUUUGGCCUUGUUAAAAUGCACAGAUACUGAGCUACAGCUGAGACGUGAUUCCAUCUUCUCUCAGUCUCUUGUGGCUGCUAUUUGCACCUUUUCAGAGCAGUUGCUGGCUGCUCUCAACUAUCGAUACAACAACAACGGGGAGUACGAAGAGAGCAGCAGAGAUGCCAGCAGGAAGUGGCUGGAGCAGAUCGCAGCCACUGGAGUUCUACUGCACUACCAGUCCCUUCUCUCCCCCACUGUGAAGGAGGAGCACACCAUGCUGGAAGACAUCCAGGUCACUCUGGCUGAACUAGACAAAGUUGCCUUCUAUUUCAAGCAGCUGGAUGAAAGUCUUGUAGCAAAUACUCAUGUCUUCUACCACAUUGAAGGAAGUCGUCAGGCCUUGAAGGUUAUCUUUUAUCUUGACAGCUACUACUUCUCCAAACUGCCUGCUCGGUUUCAGAAUGGGGGAAGCUUGAAACUGCACACGGUGCUCUUCACAAAAGCUCUAGAGAGUACGGAGGGGCAAUCACAACCAGCUGGCUCAUCUCUGGAAGAACUCCUGCAGCAAAUUAAUGGCAUUUCACUUGAGAAAGUGCAGCAAUACUACCGCAAACUCAGGACAUUUUACCUAGAGAGAUCAAACUUGCCCACUGAUUCCAAUACUACUGCAGUGAAGAUUGACCAGCUCAUUCGCCCUAUCAAUGCCAUGGAUGAGCUUUGCAGGCUGAUGAAGUCUUUCAUCACCCCCAAACCAGUGCAGUCAGGAUGUUCCAGCAGUCCCACAUCAGGAGCUGCCUUGCUGCCUGUGUCCUCUGAGCUCUGUUACCGCCUGGGAGCCUGUCAGAUCACCAUGUGUGGCACUGGGAUGCAGAGGAGUACCCUGAGUGUGUCCCUGGAACAAGCUGCCAUCCUGGCCCGCAGCCACGGCCUCCUGCCCAAGUGCAUCAUGCAGGCUACAGACAUCAUGAGGAAGCAAGGACCAAGGGUUGAAAUCUCUGCCAAGAAUCUGAAAGUGAUGGACCAAAUGCCACAGUGUGCACCUCGGCUCUAUAGGUUGUGCCAGCCACCUACAGACGGGGAUUUAUAGAAGUGGGAGCCACUCGUGGCAGCACCAGGGGAGCAGCCCUGCCCAGGGCCCCACCAACUACCCCUGCUGGUGCUGCUCUGGCUGGGGGAGAUGGACCUGCUGCCCCAGGCCCCAGGAACCUGCCUUUGAGCUCCUGCAGCACGUGCAGGAUUCUUGUGUUUCUUUGACUUCUUGAAGAAAUUCUUGGACCAGACCCCACGGGGCGAGGAUGGACGGUGCUGCCUUUGCCAGGUGCCUGGAACAGUGACCACUGUUCUUCAAGGAACUGCAGUUUUACUGGUGGCUUGUUUGUGCUGCCACCUGAAGGUUGUGGACUUGGGGGUCUGGAUUGGUUCAGGAAGUGCUGGGGGACACGUGUCUCUCUCCCUGUGCUGCCCUGGCAGCCCUGGGACUGCCAGCAGGAUUUUGGUCGACAUCCUCGUGCAGUGGCUUCAGAAACACCAGUUUUUCAUGAACUGACCUGCACUUUUGAACAAAGAAUAGCACAGUCUUUGGCUUAUUCAAAUAUCAACAUAAAGAAUUUCUUCUGGAGUCAUUUUCCACUUCAGCCCAGUGAGAGCCAAUCUCUCUAUGCUGCAGAGUAUACAUUCCAUAAUACUUCUUACCAUUACUUCAUUUUACUUACUGUAGCUUCCAGGUUUUUGAUUAACUUUUUACUAAUGCCCUAUGAUUAUAUACUCUGGAAUACAGUGCUAGUGAAGAGGAGAGAUUGGGAGUGAAGGAUUUUAAAGGAACCUUUACAAAGGAAAAAAUACAGUCUUAUAAUCUGAUUAUUUGAACAGAUGUAGUUUUUAAAACAGGUCAGAAGAACUAUACUUAUUUAUGUGGAGUGGAAUAAUAUGUGUUUUCGAUCAUGUUAUUAUAUAUACAAGAUUUAAAUAAAAAUUAUAUUGUUUAAAAUGGGACCAAUAUGCUGGCAGUUACACAGCUACUCCCAGUUUACUGAAAAAAAUCUACAUUAUUUAAAAUCUUUCAAUAUUUAAGUAGUCUUUAAUACAGUUAUUAAAAUGUAUUAGGGAUGCUUUUAAGUUAAAAGAAAAAAGGAAUCCUGUAAAUAGUGUACUUUAUUUUUUCUCAUUUGAAAAGUUGUUCUCCAUUCUGUCAGUAUUACCCUAAGCACAGUAAUUUUUUCCAAAUUACUGGCUGAAACUAAUCAAAACAUGUCAGCAGUCUCAGGAUAGAAAUAAUGUUCCUUUGGAGUGAGUGCCUUAACAUGACCACCCCUCCCUACCACAGCAGGUGUACAGGAAACUCCCCAUUGCUCCGACUCUCUGCAGCCUCCUUUGAACCAACUCCCAGUCAGGAGAUGCAGGAGUGCUUUGCAGUGAUGUAUAUUCUAGAAAAUAAAGGCUUGGGGGGGAUUAUUUUUGAUGUUGUUUGGUUUUUAGUUGACUUCAUUUUGUUUUAAUAACAUCCAAACCAACUCAAAACCUAAAAUUAGACUUUUUCAUUUGGACGUGAAGGCCUCUUAAAUGUUUUCGAUCCUCUCUUCAACACAAAAUGGCUUAUGACAAUUUGGGGGAUGCAGAUUGUUCUGAACCUUGUUCCUUUAUUUUUAAAUAUUUUUUUUCUUUUCACUCACAGACUGAAAUAAUUUUGGGGAAGGAACAUGUUUUGUUUUGAUCUCUUACUUUUAACUGUUUCCUCUGACCUACAGCAGCCUCUUUAGAUCCUGGUGCUAAUCACACAGAGGUCAUGGGCUCCAUCCCCGUUAUGGGCCAUUCACUUAAGAGUUGGACUCAGUGAUCCUUGAGUCCCUUCCAACCCAGAAUAUUCUGUGAAAUAUUCAGCUCUAACCUGUUACAGGGAACUAGGACAGCCCAUGGAUUGCCAGCUGUGGGAUCCAGGGGUUUGGUGCUGGGUGUCCAUUCUGGAUUGCAGCCAGAUGAGCAGAUCACUAUUUCAAUGCACUUUCUUGUUAAUUUUGGGAGAGUUACUCUUACCAUUUACUGUCUGAAGAAGAAAUGGAUGUUUCUUCACUGAAUCUUCAACUUAAAAUGUACUUAGUAUUAUAAGAACUGUAGGAACACCCAAAAGUAAGAAGGAACACGUGGGCCAAGCCCUGGCUGUGUCUCCACCAGCUCAGCUCCGUGGAAUGGCCUGGGCAGGAUCCUGGCCCACGUCUGCAGCCACUGCCAACACAAGAGAUGCAGAGAAGGGUAUCUAAGGGCAUUUACACUGUGCACUGUUUUACACUGAAAUGUAUAUGUAAUUCUCACUGAAAACGUGAUAGAAGUUUUUAUUAUUAAAAGCUGGUUUAUAUUAUAAGGAAAAGAAGGUAUGAUCUUAUUUUCUGUUACCCCCUUCAGUUUCUUAGCUCUAAGUUCUGUUGAGCAGUUUAAGCUCUGCUACUUGUAUGGAAUGGUGAGGAGCCUGAAGUUUAAACAGUAAGGGGAGAGCUGGGUUUGAUAUCAGCUCAAAGUGGCAGCGUAGAGGCGAACUCUUCCUGUUUGUGGAACCCCUACAGCUGUGGUUUCACUGCAGACUUCCUGUGAGGGUAGAAAAGAAAACUUGUUUUGAUGCUGUAAAACUGUGGGGUUUGAAUCCAGUGCUGGAAAAGAACAGAUUCAAGUGGAAAAAAAAAGAGGGCAAUGCACAACUGAGCCUGCAAGCAAAGAGGGAUUAGGUCUGUGGAAUUCCCAGGGCUAAAAGCAAAGUAAGAGUCAGGCCUGGCACAACUGAGCAAGUACAGAUUUCAUAGAUUUGGAGCAUCUGAUACAGUGGAUGUGUGGAAAAUGUGGAAAACAGUCAAGAUGGAGAACAUGGGAAUUAGCAGCAUGAUGAUGUGUGUUAGCAGCUGGCUAAAGGAAAAAAGACAAUGCUGAAAAGAAAGUGGAGUUGGGUGGCAGCUGCAAGUGGAAUUUCUUAUGUAUAUAUCUUGUAACUGAAUUUGCUUAAUCACUGCAUUUGCAUUGACCACUGCAGCACAGAUCUGAGCAGGCUGGGGUUGAUGCUGGGUUGGGAGACACUACUCUAGCAAAGGAUCCCAGUACACACACAAAAAACCCCUGUAAGACUUUGAAUGCUGAAGGGGAUGAAAUGAGUGGGAUUGAAUUUUGCAGUACAAAUAUUAGCUCAUGCACUCAAAGAUUGAACAAAAUGUCUUGCUGUAUUUCUGGUUAAUUGAUAAUAAAAGGACCUUGGUCAUAGAGUUUGUCACAAGAUGAUGCAGAGGCAACUCAAUAGAAUCUUGACAGCUCAACCUGCACUAGGAGACAAAUGGCCAGCUGGGAUGGUGAGGUAUUCACACAUAUUGGCCCUGUGCUGAGGCCAAAUAAUUAAUGAAUUAUGUGAAAAUGGGUAGCUGGGUGUUGAGGAAAAGAGGAAUCUUUAUAAGAAAAAGAUAAUGAGAAAGGUAAAGACAGUUCAGUGUAAACAUAAAUACAGCCUGAAGAAAAAAAAAGGGGUACCAGGGAUCAGGGAUUAAUUAAUAUUGGCUGAAAAUUCUUGUGGACCUGAAAAACAUUUUUCUCUAGUCAGGCUCUGUCAAAAAAAGUGACCUUAGUGAAAGCUGAGGUGGUGCCUGGCUGAGAGGGACACGACCCAGCCCUGCCCAGCCCUGCAGAAGCUGCUCUGGCUGUGAGAGAGGAGCUGGGUGAGUAGUCCUGCUUUUCUCCUGGCCUUUGCCAAGGUGCAAACUGCUUUUCAAACCCAGGCUUUGGCCACCUGCCAGCAUUAGCCAUUUUCCUGUUCCACUUUUCAUUUGCAGACUGAAAUACUGUGAUUUUUAGAUGAGAAACCACAGCUUUAGGCAAAUACACACCUCAUUUCCAUCUGGAAUAAAAAACGUUGAAAAAUCCACCUGAACUCUGGCAAAUUCUUUUUCCUCUGUCAUAUUUUCUUAUCAGCAAAUACUGCUAAUUAGGGAAUAUUUUGAGCACUGAUUGUUUCACGGUUCUAAAGUGAUUUGAAGAUUUAAAACACUAAGGCCUAAUAAUUGGGAAUUUCAGUGUAAAAAACAUCUGAAACAGUCCUACUUCCGUGACAGUUCAUGUGUAUAUUAUUUCAUCUGUCCUAACACUUGUCAUUAUAAAUGUCUGGCAUAGUUUCUAAACACCUGGUCAUUGUUAAUGGCUAAAAUGGCAAAAACCUCAACAAACAGAUCAUGAAAUCAGCUUAUUCACAAAAGCACACAGCCUUACUGAUAAGAUAGCAUUGGUUAAUCAAAUUACCCAAUGCAGUUUGUAUCCAAGGCUAGUGUUUAUGUAGCACCAGUGUUUAAAAUAUGAAGUUCAGGUUUGCCAUUCAGACAAGUCUGCAGUAGUUGUUCAUCUGCACAGGGAAGAAAAGCUUUCAAACAGCAAAAGGUAUUUUUCCCUCCUUGUAGCAUGAGAGCCAUGGCUUUGAUUAGCACGAGAAACCACUGAGUUCUGAGCCUUCUGCUCCUUCCUAGGCACAAGUCCUUCCUGUUUCCCCUUAGGUAACACAGUACAGACAGUGUUGAUGGGGCUGUCACAGCAUCACUGCACCUCAUCACCAAAGGACACUUUCUUUAAUAUAAACUGAACAAAUUCUGGUGUCCUUACAUUAAUUUCUGUGUUCAGCCUCAGCAGGCUCCACUGGUUAUACUGAGUAAUUCACAUUUCCUUUCUACAGCAGCCUGGGGAGGGAACGGGGAACUAUUUGUGUGCACUGGUACUGUGAAGAAUCAAAGGAGAAAAAUUGUUAACUGCUUUGAAAACUGAUGGUGCUUUACAUAUAUAAUAUAGUUUUAAUUAUUUGAAAAAACAGGAAACUAGAAAAAAGGAUAAACAUCACAAUGACACAAAAAUUUCUGCUUUUAUUUCCCAUAAAUAAAAUAAUUGAGAGUUGUUGGUAUAAGAAAAGGGAUCUGAGUGUAUUUUUUAUGUACUUCCUCUGCCUUGUUUCAGCAUUCAGAAGUUCUGUGCACUAAUACCAUCAAGGAAUCUAGUAAAACAUCUCUGUUUUCAUUAGGGAAAAAGAAUAAACUCAUAUUUGUGUGUAAAGUUU